GUCACUGCGACGGAGGGAGUAUUAAGGACCAAAUGAAACAAAGUCCACAAACACAGGUGCUUUCUUGGGAGAAACCUUGUGGAUAGCAAAAAUCUCAAAUUUGUGCAAACGCAAAUGGCAUCGAGGGAUAUACGCCCAAAGCAGAGCAAAACCACAAACCCUACACUUCCACCAGAACUCAUCACUGAGAUCCUGUCAAGAUUACCAGUGAAAUCCCUCUUGAAAUUCAGGUCUGUUUCAAAAUCUUGGCUUUCUUUGAUCUCUACCCCUCAAUUUAUCAACACCCAUCUCAUCUUAUCCACUAGUAAUAACAACAAGGACUACACCCACCAUAUGCUUACUUUGAAUAUUACUGCACCUACGUACUCUCUUUAUGAGUACAGUCUGCAAGAUAUUACUCUUAAGUCAUUGUUUUAUGAGUCUGUUACUGAGCCACUUGACUUGGAUUAUCCUAUGCAAUCGAAUGGAUUGUACAAGAAAUUGCAUAAUUAUCUUUGGAUUGUAGGUUCUGUCAAUGGAUUGAUUUGUCUUGCCAUUGAGAAGUAUGACUUGGUUCUGUGGAAUCCAUCGAUUAGGAAGUACAAAAAAUUGCCUGAUUCUAGACCUACUUUAAUGAAGGCAGAUUGUUGUCCUUUAUAUGGUUUUGGAUAUGAUGAGUUCCAUGAUGAUUAUAAGGUAGUGGGUGUUUUUUUAAAAUAUGGCGGGGAUCAAGUUGAGGUCAAAAUAUAUAGCCUACAGAGUGAUUCUUGGAAAAGUGUUGAUGAUCGUCCGACUAGGCACCUAUUAAAUAUUUCGGGCAAGUUUGUGAAUGGGAAACUUUAUUGGGUUACUUGCCGUGAUAUAUUUAAUAUGUAUAAGGACUGGAACAUCAUUUCUAUUGAUUUGGCUGAUGAGAAAUGGGGAAAGGUUGAACAGCCCUCCUAUGGAGAAGGAUAUUUUGAGUUGAAGCUUGGAGUGUUUGGAAGUGAUCUUUCUGUCCUUUGUGAUAAUCUGGUAACUCAUGUAGACGUUUGGGUUAUGAAAGAGUAUGGGGUUAAAGAAUCUUGGACAAAGAUGUUUACUAUCAAGUAUCCUGAUGAUCCUUUUGUGGAUUAUGAUUAUCUGUUCUUUCCACCCUCUUUCAUAUCAAGUAAAGGUGAAAUUUUGGUUUAUUUUGGAUCAAGUAAAUAUAUGACAUGUUCUACUUCACAUGAUCGAAAAAGUUAUUUCAUGACAUACAAUCCAAAGGAUGACUCGUUCAGAUUUUCAGAGGUUACUAACAUUGACGGUUGGCGUUGGGCGGAAAUCUAUGUUGAAAGCCUAGUUUGUCCUUUAUCUACAGAAGGGACAAAGAAUGUAACAAAAACAAAGGCUGGAAAAGCUCAGAUCAUGACAACCGAGCAACAAAUAACUUGAUUCUGCUGUUGUUGCUCAGAGUCCUGCUCCAACACUUGGAGAGCCCAUGAAACCUGCUUGAUUUGAGAAACUUUAGGGACUUUUUUUGUUCACAGGUAUAAUUUUUAAGGAUGUAGGUUUGGUUGUGAAUAUAGCAUAGGGUUGUUUUUGGCCAAAAAACUCGGAGAAUUACUUAUUAUGAAGGCAAACAUACAUAAAUUUUCCUUGAACAUUUCGUUUUAUUUUGAUUAUUAUUGAUUCUGGGACGACCACGAGGAACCAUUUGAUGCAUCCUUCUUGUGGUUUUGUUGCUUGGUGAAGGAUUACUCUGUUCGUCCAUUCUUAUGGUUUUUACGAGGAAUCAUUCGAUGCGUCCUUCUUGCAGUUUUGCUGCUUUGUUGAGGUGAGAAUAGAGAACAAGUGAUUUGUCUCCAAAAUUUGAUCCCAUUAUUGAAAAUCUGCUUUUCUUCA